GGUGCAGCCGGCUACCGGCCACCCGCAACCUUGAACAUGCUUCCCUAGAUCUCCCUAUUGACCGUGCUAUAUACUCUCCUAUAAUCGACCUCCAAGAGCCCAUUGUGCUUCCUGGUUCAGUGCCAUUGACUACCACUACCGAAUAUUCACCAUGGCCUCGGCAAAGAUCGCGACUUUGGUCAUCCGAACUCUAGCCAAGCCCAUUAGCAACCAGCUCAAGACGCAGGCUAAGCAGCAUGAGACGUUCAGGACGUUCUGCGUGAACCUCGCGCAGCAGAUGUAUAAGACCGAAGUCCGACUGCGAACGAACCUCCUGGGUGAACCUGCCAAGCAUGUCCGACCUCUUUCUGAGACGAGGGCAAUAGAGAACGGUGCUAACGCGCUCGCGGAAGGAUUCCUCUUCGGUGUAGCAGCAGCAUUGAUCAUGGCUGAAACAUGGCGGUCCUCUCGAAAUCAAACCAAACGAAGAGAUAAAGUGGACGACCAAUUGGAAGAGCUAGAGAAUAGAAUCGGGACGUUGUCAGAGCGGACAGAGUCGUUGCAGAGGAUGUUCGAGGAGCGAUGGGAGGAAGAGAAGCAGCGAAACGAUGAGCUCGCGCGAAUACUGGAACGUGUGGUUGAGAUCGGCUUGCGCGGUGGCUGGGCCGAAUUCGAAGGCACCCCGCUGCAAUUACCCCGCAUUCAGUUGGCACGGCCACCGUCCUCACCGUCGCCAGCACCUACGUCCACGCAUCCGGACGACUCCAUCGCGGAGGCAGCGCCCCGCCACUCUGACAGCUCCGAGAACACAUCUAGUUGAUUCUCAUGAUUGUACGAACCACUAUUUGGAAGGAAACCUCGUGUACGUUCACGUUAAUACCUGUGCUCCCAUCGUCAAUUCUGGCCAAUUGUC